AAGCAGCCCUGAUCCACCCCAGCCAAUGAACCAGGCGCCCCUUUCCAAUGGGGGGGGGGGUGAUGGCUGCUGGCUUCUCGGGGCUCCGGGAGCUGAUGACAAUGGGCAAUUGUUGAGCAGGCCCCUCUCUUUGGAGUUUCUUCCUUUUAUAGUAAGUAGCAGUUGCUCCUGCAGCUGGCCUGCCCCUCUGGUGUGAGCACCGGGCUGGGUAUAUAAGGGGAAGGAGCAGACUUUGCCUUUUGUCCCUCGGUCUGUUGCCUUGUGGGGUGGGAAGACCCUUCUCAGCUCCUUUGCAAAGAACCCGGCACCAUGGCCCCCAAGAAACCUGAACCAAAGAAAGAGGCAGCCAAGCCUGCUCCUGCACCAGCCCCAGCAGCAGCGCCAGCACCGGCACCAGAACCCCCAAAGGAACCCACCUUCGAUCCCAAGAGCGUAACGAUUGACUUCAGUGCUGACCAGAUUGAAGAGUUCAAGGAGGCCUUCAUGCUGUUUGACAGGACCCCAACCGGGGAGAUGAAGAUCACCUACAGUCAGUGUGGUGAUGUCCUGCGGGCUCUUGGGCAGAACCCAACCAAUGCUGAAGUCCUGAAGGUGCUGGGCAAGCCCAAACCAGAAGAAAUGAACACGAAGAUGCUGGACUUCGAGACCUUCCUCCCAAUGCUGCAGCACAUCUCCCGCUCCAAGGACCAGGGAACCUUUGAGGACUUUGUGGAAGGCCUGCGUGUCUUUGACAAGGAGGGGAAUGGCACAGUCAUGGGUGCAGAACUGCGCCAUGUGCUUGCCACACUGGGCGAGAAGCUGACAGAAAGUGAAGUGGAGCAAUUGAUGACAGGACAGGAAGAUGCCAACGGCUGCAUCAACUAUGAAGCUUUUGUCAAGCACAUCAUGUCUGGUUGAAACAAGAAUCUUCAGGGUUUUCUGAAAUGUUUCCAUCCAACUAAGCAUUACCAGCAGCAAGAAUUCUUGACCCAUGUCCCUUCCUUCCUAAAAUGUCCUGAGUCCGCAGCUGUAUCUCACAUGAGCCACAACAAAGAGUCCUCAUAGCCACAAUGUACCAACCCUACACUAUUGUGUGCAAUCACCUCUGUAUAUAAAAGGACACAUGUCUGCCCUUCCAUUUUUAAGCUUAA